AUGAAUAGUUUUCAAGCACAGACAUUCGGUACAACUCCUUUCGCAAGCGUCCGCAGCAUGGAUUUUGCUACCCCUGGAUCCAUAACAAAAGAUUUAACCAACUCAUCGAUUCAAGAAAAUUAUUUGCAAACACAAUUGAACGCCUCGAUUCAUAACUACACUACAGAAUCGCAUCAUAUUAAUGUAUCGAGUGCUUCGUCUACACCCGCACCUACCACUUCCUCCCCCCAACCAAUUGCGCAAGAUACAUUGCCAGUUAGAGCAUUUACUCCAGGAACAACAGAUGAAAGAUAUACAUCUAGCGGUGAUUCUAGCGAUACUGACUAUUCUGUUGCUGGGGUCCCGCCAGUAUUUUCUACCAAGGAAGAUACAUCGUUCACUGAUCUUGCAUUGCUUCAGCCCAAUAAACAAUUAGAGCACGAUUACCGCACAUACAUAAAAGAAAAGGGGCUAAUGGCAUUCCUCAAUAAAUAUAUCCCUGAAUCAAUGACCAAGAGGGAAAUUUGUACGAUGAUUGUUGAUUUUGGUUACUCCAAAGAAAAUAUACAACACUAUCAAAUAUUAACCAUAAGAGAAACAUUAUCAAUAUUGGUUGACUUGAUAAUGAAUGACGAUACCAUUAACGCUAAAGAUCAAGAGUAUUUUGAGAUCCUGGACAUUGAAGAGCAAUACUAUACCGUUGACGACUUGCGUCACGACCUUACCAAAAGCUCAAAAGUACUAGUCAUAACUGGAGCCGGGAUUUCUACUUCAUUGGGAAUACCUGAUUUCCGUUCAUUCCAAGGGGUUUAUUCACAAUUAUCAGCGGCAUUGUCAGAACCCCAGAAAGUAUUUGAUAAAUCCACAUUCAUGAAAGAUCCUACUUUAUUUUAUUCCAACGCUCAUUUAGUUUUACCGCCUGAAGGGAAAUACUCCGUAUUGCAUGCAUUCAUAAAAUUAUUACAAGAUAAAAAUAAAUUAUUGAGAAAUUAUACCCAAAAUAUAGAUAAUCUUGAAACCAAGGCUGGCAUAUUACCAAACAAAUUGAUUCAAUGCCAUGGAUCUUUUGCUGAAGCUACAUGUAUAACUUGCAAAAACAAAUUUUUGGGUGCAAAAAUAUUCGAUCAUAUACGGCAUCAACAAGUCCCCAGAUGUUCUACUUGUUGGGCAAGUAUAAGAGAAGCGCAGAUGAGUCAUGGGGUAAUCAAACCGGAUAUUGUAUUCUUUGGUGAAGAUUUGCCAAAGAAAUUCCAUCGAAACCUUCACAGUGAUGUUAAAUCUUGUGAUUUGGUUUUAGUUAUUGGUACAUCAUUAAAAGUGGAGCCAGUGGCCAGUAUCAUUGAUAAAGUUCCCCGUCGUGUUCCUAGAGUAUUAAUUAAUAAGGAUCCAAUUCCUGAUCGGGAUUUCGAUUUAAGUUUAAUUGGCUAUUGUGAUGAUAUCGUUUCAUAUCUCGUACAAGGGUUAGGAAGUGCUUGGGAUAUACCUCAUGAGUUGUAUAACAAUGAGGAACAGUUUGAGGUAUCCUUUGCUGCGGAUCUCACAAAUACAAUUAGGAUUUCAAGAGCUUUAUAA